GACUCGCCGGGCGGGGGCUCGGCGGGGAAGGGGCCGGGGCGCGGCGGGCGCCCCAUUGGCUCUCGCCGGCGGCACAUGUCGUCGGCCCCGGCUAUAAAGGUUGGUCGCGGCCCCGCUGCAGCCCGCUCUCCUACCUCUGCGCUUCCCAAGGGACACAGCCAGCCCCAGCGCCUCCGCCGCCAUGGCCAUCGAUGCGUUUUUAGGCAAAUGGUGCCUCAUCUCCAGCGAGGGCUUCGAGGAGUAUAUGAAGGAGCUGGGUGUGGGUAUGGCCAUGAGGAAAAUGGGGAGCAUGGCCAAACCAGAUGUUUACAUUAUUAAGGAUGGGGACACAAUCACCGUCAAAACAGAAAGCACCUUCAAAACUUCACAGUUCAGCUUCAAGCUUGGUGAGAAAUUUGAGGAAAACACAUUAGAUGGCAGGAAAACUCAGACGCUUAUCAGCUUAAAAGAUGAUGGGUCAUUGAUUCAGGAACAGGAAUGGGAAGGCAAGAAGACCAUAAUAACACGGAAGCUAGUGGAUGGACAAUUGGUGGUGGAAUGUGACAUGAAUGGUGUGAAGUGUGUUAGAGUCUACCAGAAAGCAUGAGGACAUCAUCAUGUUCAGUAGGAAGUUACUGCAAAGAACUCAGUUCAGUGGACAGAGCUCCUCUACACUCCAUGUUUUCCUUUUCCCUGUUUUCUAGUAUUUCAAUGGACUGAGUAGCUGAGUGCAAUCCUUUUUAAAAGCCGUGAUGUAACUAUUAUGUAACUAUUCUGAACUUAGGAGGCUGUUAAAUAAAAUGUCAAAUAUAUGAAGUGGAAAUGUUGUUACUGUAGUGGAAUUGCAAAAUGAGGUUUUAUGAAAAACUGGGUUUGGUUUUAGGCUCUACUGCAAACUGCCUUCAAAUCAACAGAAUGCCAUACAUGGCACUGAACACUUGAUUCAGCAAGCUGAAGUUUUGACCAACAUCCUUAAUUGCUAAGAUAGGAAUAUCUGAAAUAGAAAAAGUAUUCAGAGUCCAGGCUCCAGAAUUGUCUCUAAAUUGCAUCUUGCAAAGUAAAUAGAAUGGGAUGGGUAUGAGGCACUUAGUGCCAUGGUCUAGUUGACUGGAUAGGAAUGGGGAUAGGUUGGACUGGAUGAUCUUGGAGGUCUCUUCCAACCUGGUGGAUUCUAUGAUUCUAUGACAGAAAGAAGCUUUAUUGGUGUUUAAGUAGAGGAAUGUAUUUUCUGAGGUUAGCUGUUUGGGUUUUUUUUUUUGUUUCAAACCCACAAAUUUCUUACCUGAAAAAAAUUCUUGACCCAAAUUUCUGAAAUACUGCCUAAAACAUAAAGCUUUGUCUUAUUUUUUAUUUUUAAACUGGCUUGAAGCACCUAGAAAUGGAGUCUAUAUGCUUUUAAGUGCCAUAAUAAAUAAUCAGAAACAUCA